UAUCACUCUUCUGUGACGUCUGUCAAAUGAAUGUUCAUUUUAUUGUGUUUUCGUGUAAAGUCUGGUAGAGACUAGAGAGAGUUCUGAAGAUUUCAAGGGCCUUUCUUGUAAUGUAAUCCCAAACAAGUAUGGUAUGGCAAUUUCAUUCCUCAUGCCACGGCACAAAUAUCAGAGUUGGUGCCUCAGGCACGAAAGCUAGCCGCAGUCCAGACACUUACGAUAAUGGAAUUGUAUUCAGUGAAACCCCAAUCCAAACCGAUGAGAUAAUCUCGUUGUUCUUCGAAAAGACAGCGUCUCGAUGGACCGGUGUGCCGCGGAUUGGAUUCACCAACCAAAAUCCAGACCAGCGGGAUCCAAAGUCACUCCCGCAAAUUUAUACUGAAGAGUUAUCGUAUAAAGACAAAACAUGGGCGAUGCCCUUAGCGAAGCAAGGGGAUGAAAACAUCUUUGUAGAUUAUGAGUUUGAUCACAAUGGUGUCGUUUGUGUGAGGCAGCUGGGCCAAGUUGAGAAGCUCGCUGAUUGUAAAGGAGCGGUGGAUUUUAAGAAACCUGUGUGGGUCACACUGGACUUAUGUGGUUGCUACGGUGAUGUAUUUAACAAUGAUACCUGCAGGUACACACCCUACGAAAUCGCUGCGCAGGGAUCAGAUGCCCAGAAGGUGUAUCGAACAGCAUUAAGGAGUGGGAGUAAGACGGUGCGACGGACUGAGUUGAUGGUGGUCGGCCAAGAAGGGGUUGGAAAGACGAGUCUGAUCAAGUUACUCACAGGGCAAAAGUAUGAUCGGAAGGAAACCAGUACCAAAGGAAUGCCUUCAUAUGCAGCUAAGAUUGAUAAUCCAUGGACUUCCUGGCCUAUCUGUGCUGGUUAUAAAGAGAUAUCUGAAACAAACUCUGACAAUGAUGCCAUCGGACUAAACAUCAAGGAAAUAUCUGGCCAUGAUCGAUUCUUCUUAGCCAGCCAGCUCGUCCCCUUGAACGCAGAAAUCAUCCUGUUGGUUUUCAAUCUGAUGCAUGAUUUAGACAAACGACCCAAUGAAUCAGAUGAAAAGAGUCCGUAUGAUGAUCUUACCACGUUAGAAUUGUUGGAUUUCUGGAUGCGUACAGUCACAAAGAGCCUGCCCUCAACGCCAUCAACAGGGAAGAAAUCACCCCGGAUCAUUGUAAUCGGUAGCCAUAGAAAUAGCCUGGGGGAAAAUGAGAUUGAACGUCAGUCACUUGUUGAAAAGAAGUUUGCAAGAAUCAAGACAGUCGUUAAUGAGGCUCCAUAUCGCCACCAUGUUGUAACUCGAUACUUUGCCGUUGAGAGCAGUGUGGAAGAUUUUAAUAACACUGAGAUUACAGCACUGAGGCAGUCUGUCUGGGAUUUACUGAAGUCGGAUCAGCUUGUUGGGCAGGAAAUUCCUCUGAAAUGGUUACCGUUUGAUGAAGUGCGACAUGCCAGUCGGCCAAUCCUGUCCCUGGCAGUGUUGAGAGCAGCCUCAGGGAAUUCGUUCACGGACAUGACAGAAGCAGAAUUCAAGCUAAUGCUACAGCUCAAUCGAGACCGGGGUCACAUUUACUUCCAACCUAACAAUGUUGAGACGGCUUUGAGUGGUGUCAUUUUUAUGGAUCUCAAUUGGUUGAUUGAAGUACUCAUGAGAUUUGUAGAUGUUUCAAAGCCAACGGAACAGUCGCCAGCUCUUUUGAAAUCUUGGAAGAGAUUGACAGAAGAAGGUAUAAUGGAGGAAUGUCUGAUUAACCACGUCUUGAGAGAUAAACUCAGUGAGGGGCAAGAAGGGACCACUGACUCCACCCGGGAUGCAAAACAAGCUGUCAUAGACCUGUUGUGUCACUUAGACAUGAUGUGUCCACAACAUCCACAACCAAAUCAGGGAAGAGAAAAUGAGAAACUGGCGAGGCAGGGAACCAGUGAGCAUUCAUAUUUCACGCAUUUACACCUCAGCCCUACUAGAUCUAACAAGAUGGACACCAAUGAUCCUUCGUCGUCUCAUGUCUUCUAUAUUGACUUCAUGCAUUUCUUGCCCGAGGGUAUUUUUCGUCGUAUUGUGGUGCGAGUUCUUCGAUGGACACAGCAAAAGGGAGAUGAAGAACCAAGACUAAUCCAUAAAGGGAUAAGUUUCUUCUUCGAUGUUGAUCAUGAAGUCCAAAUUAAGAUGUCAUCUCUCAAGAUGGCUUACAUCAAAGUGUGCAUUAGAAAACCAGCUGUCGUGAAAACAUCCAAGCGACAAUCAUCACAUCAAAUUGAAAAAGAAUCUGCACCAUCAAGUGUCAUCACACGCAAGGUUAAAGACUUCCUCAGCGAUAUGUUGAAUCCCGAGAAGUGCCCCUGGCUCCACGGCUUCCAUUUUUGUUUCUGCGUAAAGUGCCCUUGCAAUGAAGAGGGCGCUCUUCACUUCCUGUCCAUCGACGAUUGUCUGGAAAAACAGCGGAUACGGUGUCCGAGGCAACCAGAUGUGAGGAUUGAUCCAUCUGGGUUCAAGGAGAUGUUUGAUGACUCGGAUUCUCAGCCUUCUCCCAUUUGUGAUGAUCAUGUGAUGAGUGAGAAACAUCUGAGGCAAGUCGCCAAGAAGCUUGGUCCAGAAUGGGAACAAGUAGCUGUGUUACUCGGCUUCAAGACUGCUGAUCUCUAUCGCUUUAAGAAAGAUAACUAUGGAACGGACGGCCAGAUCUUCGGCAUGUUGGUGGCAUGGUCACAUCAGGAAGGGGGAGAUUUGAGACAGAAGGCCAAGAACCUUGGAGAGGCUCUGGGGGAGUGUGGACGCAAGGACGUGAAGGAGGAAUUGGUCGAUCCAUAUGUGUGAAUAUAAAGCAGUUUUAAAGGGUUUAAAGGGUAAAUAAAGCAACUGUAACAACACAUGGUCCUUGGGUGAUACUCUUUUGUUUCUCACUUUGUGAAUACGAACAUUGCUCUGUGAUUUUCACGUUUUUUUUUUACUAAGAAGCUGAAACUUCUUCAGGUAAAUUAUAAUACAUACAUCUUCAUUCACAGUGAGUGGGGAAUCAUGUCAUGCCGAAAAAAAUUGAUAUACAAAAGUUAUCAAAACCCUUUAAAGGGAGUUGUUUACGGAGAUAAUUGGAACCCACCGGUUGUUUUCAAUCCUGCAUAGCUGUAGAUAUAUCCAUUAAACAAACCAGCGAAAUUUCAUUUUAAAAGGUGUUAGCGUUUUUGAGAUAUUGCCGAAGUCUAGUGCGGUUUUGUUCACGUAGGAAAAAUAAUCUGCAAUUGGAAUACACAAUCUGAAUCAUAAUAGUAUAAAAAGUGGAGUUAUUUGAAUGAGAGAUAAGUCAAUUUAUAGUGCAUUUGGGUAGUUUCAAAGAUAUGCUUAUAUAAUGACCUAGUGCAAGGACCUAGUGUUUUAUUAUUAUCUAUAAGGCCCCGAUCUUUGACAUUAGUAGUUUUUGGUCUUUAACAUUUUAUGUUAAUGCGGUCUUGCUGUAUUCAUAUUAUUCCAUAUUAUAUAACCACUCCAGAAGUUUAAUGUAAAACCAGUGGCAUCACUAAGGGCGUCCCACCCCGACCCCCAUCUAUUUUAACUUGGGGUGGGAAUACAGAGUAACAUGUUUCAUUUUAUAAACUUUAAUGUAAUGAUUUUGAUGUUUUUAAAACUGUUUCCAUGUAUAUGUAUAACAUGUAUUUUAUUUUUAAGAUACAGUAGACUACAUAAAAAAUGGCACUGGAAAUGGGCCUGUUUAAGGAAAAUGCAAACGGAAACUUUGCCAGAAGUGCCCCCAUAGAGAAAAGAAAUUGUGCACCCUUUGUGCUCCCCUUAAAUUUUACCCUAGAUACUGUGUGCUGUGUAAAACAUAUUCUCUUCAAAGUAAUGUUUAGUUUAACUCUUUAACUUUAAUAUACAAAGUGCAAUUUCUUCCUGAAAUAAUAUUUUACAUCUCUUUUAAAAAUCAGUGUUGUCCACAGUUUUAAUCAUAAUCUACGUAUUUGUGUGUUAUCCCAGUGUGUUUAAAAGGAGAUUGCACGCCAAAUCAGUGAAUGGUUCUUUUAUAAGUUGAACGAGUUCCGAGUACUAAUUCCUUGUGUGUUCAUUUUUCUUUGAAUUGAUAGAUGUCAAUAAAUAGAACCAAUGAGUGCGUUCUGAAUUAA